UCAAAACCUCAUCCGAGAUGUCUAUAACUGUUUCACUGAUAAUGUAACCAACCUUCUAUCUUCGAACACCGAUCUGAAAUAUCCCACAAAAUUUCCCCCAUUUCUCAUCUUUCUCGUUGCUGCCUGUCGAAGAUUCUUCAAUCAUCAGCUACCGCCGCCGGAAAUUACUGAUCUUAACAAAAAUCCCAUUUGAUUCACUUCAAUUUCCGUCAUAACCAGUGGGAAAACAUACCGGGCAGCUGGAAGCUGAAGAUGAUUGCACGAUUUUAGAGAGAAAUUGAUCAAAUUAAGAAACCCUCUCCACUUGGGCAAGGUGUUGUUACAAGGUCGUAGUUGGGAUUUCGGAGUGAGUGCGAGGAUGGCGUCCGAGCAGGCGGCUACGGAUGACAUGUCUGGUUCGUACCGGGGGAUGUCGUCUGAAAACAUAAAGGGGUUGGUUUUGGCGCUUUCUUCCAGUUUAUUCAUCGGCGCCAGCUUUAUUGUUAAGAAAAAGGGGUUGAAGAAAGCCGGGGCUUCUGGCGUCAGAGCUGGGGUUGGUGGCUAUUCAUAUCUAUAUGAGCCAUUAUGGUGGAUUGGCUUGAUAACGAUGAUUGUUGGAGAAAUUGCAAAUUUUGCAGCUUAUGCAUUUGCGCCCGCCAUUCUGGUUACCCCCCUUGGUGCACUCAGCAUUAUUAUCAGCGCUGUACUUGCACAUUUUAUUUUAAGGGAGAGACUACACAUUUUUGGUAUUCUAGGCUGUGCCUUGUGUGUUGUGGGCUCCACCACAAUUGUCCUACAUGCUCCACAAGAACGAGAGAUUGAAUCUGUGAAAGAAGUUUGGGACCUUGCUACUGAGCCAGCUUUCGUCUUGUAUGCAACUCUGGUGAUAGUAGUUGUCGUUGUUCUGAUAUUCUAUUAUGUACCUCAAUAUGGCCAGACACACAUAUGGUUCUAUAUUGGUGUUUGUUCAUUAGUUGGUUCAUUGUCGGUCAUGAGUGUCAAAGCACUAGGGAUCGCUUUGAAGUUGACCCUAUCAGGAACAAAUCAGCUAAUAUAUCCACAGACAUGGGUCUUUGUGAUGAUCGUCCUUUCUUGUGUUCUCACUCAAAUGAAUUAUCUAAAUAAGGCUCUGGAUACAUUCAAUACUGCUGUGGUUUCGCCAAUUUACUAUGUCAUGUUCACAUCUUUAACUAUCGUGGCCAGUGUGAUCAUGUUCAAGGAUUGGGAUAGGCAGAAUCUGACUCAGAUUGUCACGGAAAUGUGCGGGUUCGUGACUAUUCUCUCUGGUACAUUUCUUCUCCACAAGACAAAAGACAUGGCAGACGGUUGUACGGCGUCAAGGCUUGCCAAGCAUGAGUAUGAGGAUAGUUUUGUUGAAGAAGGUAUCCCUCUAAAGCGGCAGGAUGCAAUGAGAGCAACAUGAUGUAUGCUCUCUCUUUUUUUUCCUCUUUAAUAUUUUUGGUUCGAUUGUAACUGCCUGCAAAAAGCAAGGUCUGAAAAAUUACACUCUGGAGAAGAUAUUACAGGAUGCAUCAUCGAUCUUGGAGAAGAUAAUCGCAGGAUGCAUCAUCGAUAUUGCAUUUAAAUAGAUAUACAUCUCAAUAUGAAUAUGCAUGCAUUGUUCUUCCA